AUGUCUACACCAACUCAGAUGAAUACAUCCGCCCAUGUGGCACAAUCCAACUACUCGCCAGUCGAUGCCAUUAACCGACACGACUUCGGCGUUCAGAAGAACAGAAAGCAGGCAUCGACUGGCGGAGGCAGGGCUUGGAGCGAGGAUGAGGAAGUUUAUCUUCUGCAAACUCGUCUCCAAAAGAUGCCAUACAAGCAUAUCGCCGCUCAUCUGAAAAAGACCGAGUUGGCAUGCCGCCUCCAUUACCACCAGCUGUCUCACGGGAGCAACCGCCGCAAGCGUACCAACUCUGUCACCUCUUCCAAUGCUGGCUCCGUGAUGCACUCUCCCGUUAUGCAAGCUUCCAUGCCAUCGCCCAUCAACGAGCACGCCAUGCAACCUGUCACUCCUCCCACUUACUCCUACUCUCCGCAAUCACCGGUCCAUGUUCAGCUUCCUUCUGCUUCGACCCUUCUUCAUCGCUCCGGCUCCAACAGCCCACCCCGAACGCUUGCUCACCCAGUGGCCAUUCUCCCCAAGCCAUCUCCACCUCGUCGUGCUCUCUCGGACUCGGCAGCACCUCUUCGUCUUGACUGUGACGUGGCCACCAACCAAUUGAACAUCUCCAACGUCGACAAGGAGCGUCUUCGCCACAUCUAUGAAGCCCACCGUGCUUCAUUCUGGGGCGUCAUCGCUGCCGAGUACGGUGCAGGUGCAUCACCCCUCUUGCUUGAGGAGACAUGGAAGCGAGGAAUCGCAACCAAUGCACCUCCUACUCCAUGUGUCUCACCAGACACUCAGACUAUUCGCAGCGGUGCAUACCAAGGCUACAACACGAAGCCCAUGCACCAAUUGCCAACUCCCGUCCAGGAGAACAAGAGCAAUGCCACCAGCAUCUCUGCAUUGUUGGGUAUUGAUGCCAGCCCACGCAGCCCCAAGGAGCGAGAAAUGAUCAAGCGCAUGGAAGAGAGACGUGAAACUCGCGACAUUGUCAUGGCCGGUGUUGAGAUGGGCCAGAGAUGCGAAUAA